AUGUCCUAUCCGAAAUCAAACCAUCCAAACAGCCCCAGCUUUGACUCUAGCACAUACACCAGCACCAGCAAGAGCAGUCGGAGUGCUACCAGUCCCAGGAAAACCCACAGAAAGCGAGCAUCAACUUCAAAGUUGUCUUCAGACACGACGUCAACGCUUCCUGAGUAUUUUUCUGUACCCACUCGCGGUGCAGCAGCCACGACAGGGUGGCAACCUAAUAGCGGUCACAGUCAACAGAUAUUGUAUCCAACUCAACGCCAUUUGCACUCGUUUUCCGGGUCGAGAUUGGGAGUAGGAGUUGGGGAAGAGGAAGAGGACAAGCCGCCGGAUUACCCAGAUAGCGCAGAAGAAGCCGACGAAGACACGGACACGGACGUCAACGCUGCCAACAUUGUUUACGUACCCGUAGCUUCACCCUCGCAGAGGCCGCAGGCCGUUUCGCCCCGUAGAAACAAACGCUUUCUACCCAGCCAUAAACGGAGGCAAUCUGUCUCUUCUUUCCAACAGUUCCAGCAGCAACAACAGCAGGAAUUGGAAUCCAGCGAUCCGUAUCUGGACUCUUUGCUUGAACGAAGUGUACACGCACUGGAGAUGUCAAAUACCUUAUUGCAAUCAUCGAUCUCGACAAAAUCCAGUUUGUCGACUAUAUUAGGCGCAGAUACGUCAGGGGAUGGAGCUUUGGAGGCAAGGGCACUGGGGUUAUCCCAUAGGAUCAGAGAAACAUGGGACGCAAGGGCAGCGUGGGCCGACGACCUAGAAGAAAUCAGCAGGAAUGUAGAGGGUCUAUUUAUCGAGGAAAACAAUAGUUCUCCCUCGUCGAGAAGAUAUACUUCUCGUUCGAAUAUUGAUAGUUCCACAGCAAUGCGUAAAGGAGGGGUCAGCUGUAGCUUACCCAGCGGUGGUGGAUAUAUGAGCUCGAUGCGGAGACGGCCUUCCUUGGACCUACGUCUCCAGUCGGAUUCGGCUGCCGCCCCCCGUCUGCACUACACUCUCCAAAGCCGGUCCAACUUGGUCUCACCUCCACCGAGAGCUUUGACACAAUAUGUCGCUUCCACAGAGGACACAGAAUCUAUAUUUCUUCCGUCAACCAUUGGUCUCAGAUCGUCCCCAUCCGUACACCCUACCCCAGACUCCAGUUGGAAACCCCUUUCUGAUGUGGCUUCGUCAUCUACAACCAGCUUGCUUUCCACGCAGUCAUUUUCUUCCCUCGCUCCUUCUAAACUCGCUGAUAAACCCCUCGAACCUUCGACUCCGGCGUAUAACAUGCUUUCUUCCUUUGUUUUCCGGCCUACUCCACCUGGGUCAGCCACGCCGUCAUUCGUCAGUCGGAGAAGAGACUCGAGCAUAGCUAGUGGCAGCACGGAACGAGAACGGAGGUCACGGAGAUCAUCAAAAUCGCCUGUCUCGCAAAACCGUGGAACAGUGUCGCCCAUACGACAGUUAACGCCGCCUGUUGAAGAGGCGUCGUCAUCGUCCUCUUCGUCGGAUGGAUUUUUAGCAAAGAGAACGGUGCAGAGUCUGCGCAAAAUCCUCGAUGACCAGCCCCCACCUCCGCCUCCCGUUUCAAAUAAACUAAAGUCGCCGGCAUUCAUGCCUCGUACACCAGCACCUGCCGCAGAGGCGGAGACGUCUACUGCAACCGCGUCUAUUUCGCGUCUCUUCACGAAGGGCAAACACUCGUCUUCGACGCGAUCUGCUUCGCCCCCUCGCCAAUCUGCGAUGAAGCAACGUCAUCGCGGGGCGGUGGCGUCACCUAACGGAGAUGCGAACCCUAGCGCAUCAGCACUUCCAUCUGCUGUACAUACUCCCUCGCUAUCGCUCUCGGUGUCCACGAGCAACACGCACACAGCGGCGACGCCGUCCCCGCUGCCUUCGCCUUCGCCUAUGUCAGCAUCUGGCUCGGGCGUCGUGCAGACACUCAGCAUCCCUGAUCUUGUGAGCAAAGUGCUCAAGGCCCGCAGCGGCCUCGGGAGCAGGGGAAGUAUAACAGACGCAGAUAGCUCGGGCCAGUCCACACCGAGCAAGCGGAUCAGCUUCGCCGAACUUCCAGAGUCAUAUGCCAGCACACGUCCUCCGUCCUCGAGGUUCUCCAAGGGCAACAAGUCGUCUUCGCGGAGACGGAAAUCGUCUGGUGCCGGGUCUUCGGGCAAGGGUGACGACGACGCGGGUGAUGUGAGCCCUGGAAGUUGGUGGAGUGGGUGGUUGGGUGGUGGGAUGGGAGGAUCAGCAGGAGUUCAUGGGCUGGGUGUAAGCCUUGCGCGUCAGGAGGAAAGGAUGGAAGAUCGGAUGACGAGGAACUGGGGAGGCAGAAUCAACUCUGGAUAUGGAGGUGGUGGAUUGGACGAUUGGGCCGUUUCUCCACCGAAAACACGUUCACAUACAGUAGAAUAUGAAUAA